GGCGGGGGGGGAAGGAGGGAGGAGAAGAGAGCUGCCAGCCAGCCCGAGAAGGGCCACCGCCCUCGCGCCGGGGCGCCAAAUAGAGCAGGGCGCCCGUGUACAGGUGCCAACGGACGGGGUGAUUCAAAAGCCUCCGCCCACGCCCGGAGCAUGGGCCCGGGCGGCAGAAAAUAGCCGAAUCUCCUCUCGCACGCGCUUCCACACUGCCACACUCCGCCCGUCUGCUGCAUCCUUGCCCCUCCGUCUUCUGAGCAUGCCCAGCACCCCUGCAUCUCGGAAACGUCCGGCCGCAGGAGGCCGCCCGCUGGUGGAGGACACCCCGCUGUGGGGUGCCCUCCCGGUGGAGGGGUCGACCCAUGCCGCGCCGCGGACGGACACGGCCUUCCGCCAAGCCGAGCGCCGGCUGAAGCAGGCCCCCCGGGCUGAGCUCCUGGACCCGGGCCUGGCACGCACCCGGCAUGGCGUGCAUGACCCGCACAAUUCGGACGACCUGGCGGCCAUCAUGCGGCGGGCGCCGGGAUGCUUUGUGGCGGCUGGCGCCCUGUCAAUCGCCGAUCAGGCGCGCCUGGCCCAGUGUGCGGUCGUUAGCUGGACCGGCGGCCGGACCAACUUUUCCUCCCUCACCCUCGGGAGCCUCAAGGCCUUGACCGAGGUGGACUUGCUGGCCGAGAGCCCGGCCCCGGUGGCCCGGGCUGCCAUGAUUUCCAACGCAGAAGCCUGCAUGGAGCGGUCCUGCUCGCGGCACCACUGCGCAGCGGCCCUCAGCCAGCGGCACGGGGCUCUGGUCAAGAAUCCCCCGGCGGCCAAGGCGCCGGAGUCGGACCCGCGGGCGGCUGCCCUCAAGCUGGUGGACCGGAUCACCACUGCCGAGGGGGCUGCCGCGGGCUGCCCGCCGCGGAGAUCGCACCCAUGGCGCGAGUUUGCCCUGGCCGGGGGAUUUCCUCGCAAGCGCGGCGUCCCGGCGCCGCCCCUGCGCAAGCUCCGGUGGGCCACCCUUGGGUGGCAUUACAAUUGGACCAACAAGACCUAUGUCGAGGGCGACCAUGGGCCGAUGCCCGAACUGCUGGCCUCGCUGGCUCGCGGUGCCAUCAGCCAAUCGCCGAUGGCCGAAGAGGAAGGACGCAAGUGGGUGCCGGAGGCGGCCAUCGUGAAUUACUACUCACCCGGUGACAGUCUCACCGGACAUGCGGACUUCUCCGAGCAGGCGCCCGAGCAAGCGCCCCUCGUCAGCAUCAGGUACGACAGCAUGCCUGUCCGUCCCUGCCCAGGGCAGGGGUCGGUGCUUUGGGUGCUGACACUUCUGUCGCUGGCAUGCACAGUCUCGGCUGCUCGGCCAUCUUCCUUAUUGGAGGCACUUGUCGAUCGGUGGACCCGGUGCCGGUUCUCCUGCGUAGCGGCGACGUUGUCAUCCUCAGUGGGCCCUCUCGAUUGGCUUUCCAUGGCGUUCCACGCAUCCUGGAGGAGACGACUCCACCAGCAUUGCUGACAUACCUGGCUGCGCGAGGGGAAGACCUCUUCGCGGAGGUAGGCCCUGGUGGGCAGCACAAAUGUCCUCUUCUUCCUUCGCCGCCGGCGGAGGGGGAGGAUUUUCCAUCAGCCACCACCGAAGGCCAGCUGCUGGCCGAGUACAUGCGGCAAUCGCGAUUGAACUUCAGCGUCCGCCAAGUGUUUGCCGCUGCCUCCCCGAAAUAAAGAAUGACCAUUGGCAUCCCCCCAAUGUGAGCGCCCA